AUGCACUCUACCGCCGGCCGCAUCGCAAAGUCAGUCCUAACUCACCCAGAGACAAAAAACCUCGCAAAACAAGCCCAACGCAACAUGUCCGCCGGAACCCCCUCAGAAACCGCCAAGGCGCAGGCCUCGGCCUCCGACAACGCUCCCUCUUUCGAGUCCAUCGGCAUCAAGAACACCGACAUCGUCCAGAAAUCCGGCGUCUCGCUGUCGCAGCAGCAGAAGGUGCUGGUCGGCAGCGUGCUCGAUCUCUUCGAGGGAAACCCGACCCUGAAGCACCUGUCGCUGUGGUCCAAGAACGCCACCUUCCAGGACAACAUCACCGUCGCCGAGGGCUUCGACAAGUUCGCCGCGCAGUGGUACGGACUCCCCGCGCUCUUCAACCCGAUCCAGAUCCAGUCGCACACCGUCACCUCGGCCGGCAACCCGAUCGAGCUGAACCUGAAGAAUAAGUACACGGUCAAGGGCAUCAAGUCGGAGCAGACGAUGGAGAGCGUCGUGCAGAUCCAGGUCGGCGACGACGGCAAGAUCGCCAAGGUGAACGACAAAUGGAACAACGAGCUUCCGGACAAUGCGUUUUCUCAGGCGCUGAGGAAGCUUAACGCUGUCACGGUUCCGGCUUUUGUGAAGGUUCCCAAGAACGAGGAGGAGGAUGCGAAGCUUAAGGCGGAGAGGGAGAAGCAGUCGCAGUAA